AAGCUUGAAGCGUUUCACCCACAACUACAACUCUUCGUUCUGACCGCCAACUGUCAUCUACAACCUCUUUAACAAACACGCUACCAGGAACCUUAUACAGGCUUGCUAUCUCCCAUCAUGAAUCGAGGCGGUAGUGCGACUGCUUUGCGCAGACUCAUGACUGAAUACAAAGCGCUGAUCUCACAAGGCUCUCCAGACGGCAUGUUCACCGCCGGUCCUAUAUCGGAAAGUGACUUCUUCACAUGGGAAGCUCUCAUAAUGGGUCCUAAAGAUACACCAUUUGAGGGUGGCGUGUUUGCCGCCAAACUUACCUUUCCGUCCGACUACCCUCUAUCGCCGUUCAAGAUGAAAUUCGAACCCCCUUUGUUCCAUCCAAAUGUGUAUCCCGACGGAACUGUUUGCAUCUCCAUCCUACAUACGCCUGGGGAUGAUCCAACCAUGUACGAGCAGGCUUCGGAACGCUGGAGUCCUGUGCAGAGUGUCGAGAAGGUGAUACUGAGUGUGAUUUCAAUGCUUGCAGACACUUGAUUCCAUCGCGUUCAGGCGCUUCUAACGGAUGAUAGGGAUCGUUUGCAACGCCGGAUCCUUUAAUGCUUGACCGUCAUGCUUGCGGCAGCUACAACCCGAGCAUGAUGUAUCUGUCUAAAGCGACCAAGACUAUCCCUUCUUGGGUCACUCUGCUCUCAUUCACCAUGCACUACGUCAAAUCGCCGUGAUGCUUGGGGCGCUGCCUUUUCUAUCUUUGUCUCUUCAUCCUCAUUCGCUCCCUCUUUCAUUCCAUCGGUUUCUCCGCGACUCCGAAUAUCCUAGUCCGUUCACGUUGCUCUACGCCCCUUCUUCGCCGCAGUCCCGACGCGCUCAAGUCAGCUGUCGUUAAUAAUCCCAUUUGCAUCUCGUCAUCUUAUUCACAAAUUCAAUGAGUGAGAUGUUUUUCUUCUCGCUCAUCCAUCGCACCCCGUCGUCAGUCGACGCGUCUCAUCAAUUCACUCUCCGCUGAUCCUCGAACCUUUGCAAUUCCUCCCAUCGAUUCUUCUCCCGUUCAUCUUCUCUUCCUUGUUUCAUUGAUUUGCUUUACUCCGGCUCCGGAACCCACAAGCUCACCGCUUUCCGUGAUCCCUUUGCCGUCUCCCUAACUUGACUUUUAGUGUUGUCCUCAUGGCAUCCUCCCCUUUACCUUAAUUUUUACUUUCCCCGAGACUAACCAAAAACUUUAACUCUCCCUUGCAUCAACAGAACCCAAUCUCGAGUCCGGCGCCAACAUCGACUGUUGCAAGCUCUACCGCGAUAACAAACCUGCAUCUCCCGCUUGGAUUCUUUUCCCCUUGAUUAUCAUUAGUAAAAAAGUCGUGCCAAUGGGGCUAGAAAGUACAACGACUUUCGUGCGAUGAUGGCGAGAGGAUCAGAAUCAAGAGAUGUUCGUGUGGUGAACGUCUUGGUCGCGACUUGUUGAGCCGUCCUGACGCCAUCUGGAGAACCGGUGACGAAAGGACGGGGAGGGGGACGCCCGAGAUAUAGUCAUACUUCGUUGUUUAUUUAUUCCGGGCAAUUCGAUGGUAUAUUCAAACCAAGUACUGAUCUUGGCUCGUCUAUUCGUAUAUCCCUAAUAUUCUCAUUGUUCCU